GCCAGUCUGGCGUCAGCCGGCGGUGAUGCUCUUGCUCUUGUCCCUGUUAACCAAGCGUCUACCGUCUCCGUUGCGCAGUCCUUCCAACCCGUUAGUCCUCUCCAUACCUCAAUCCCGAUCUCUUCUCCGGCAGCUUCUACCGCCUCGACUGGUGCUAGUAGAUUUUUUUCUACUACUAACCCCACCGGUUGCUCUUUCCCUGAAUGGUCAAUUACGUCUGACGAGCUGCUCAAGGCAAAUACUGUUUUCGCUCAGAUGGAUACAGAUGCUGAUGGACUGGUCAGCGGCGCCGAGGUUAGGGAUGUACUAAUGCGAAGUGGAGUACCUUCGAUCAUGUUGGCUCGUAUAUGGGACCUUGUUGAUAUCUACCGCUCUGGAAUGCUCAACAAGUAG